CUACGAACACAAAAGGAAUAGGAGAGAUAAUACCUUAUUUAUUUACAAAAAUAUAACUCGAAAAUAUUGAAUUGGGUUUUUUAUUUGUCCGCAAUAAACUUAACCACGUGUGAAAACUUUCCUAGUAAACUGUUAUUUAAAGGCUGCAACAAAACCGGCAAUCUAUAAAUUUCUAGUGAUAAAACACUAUUUCAGUACCAAAUAGCACGGUGAGUCGAAAACCAUAAUGCGAGAUGUUUUUCGAGAGUAAUUUCAAGCAAUUAGAUAUAAUAUAUUAGUUAAAAGGUCUCUUAAAAUUGUAUUUAUUUCCGUUGAAAAAAGGACGUAAAAUGGUAAUACAAGGUGUAGUGGUCUAUUUCGAAAUUUUGCAUUUUUAAACCUUUGCAGGCCUUUCUUCUGAGCCCGAUAGCCGGCAAACCGUUCCCCAAAUCGGGAAUUGGCUGAGCGUUAGCGAAGUGUCAAUACUAGAUAGAUACAGAGUGUUUUUUAAUGACUUACUUAAAUUAUACAAAGUAAGGCCCAAUUCCUGGUGCACUAGACACUUGAAAUUUUGCACAACUCUGGAUUAGUUCGUGUAACGACUAGAAACCGCCUGGAACCUGGCGAUUUCUUCAUUUAAUAUACUCUCAAAUAUUCAACAUGGCUGACCAGUGCAGCUUAUUCUCGUAAGCUCUUUAACGGUCAAACAAGAGGUCGGACCUCAAAACCAACAGCAGAAUCGAAAGACAGAAUUAAAUUUUCUACAAGAAAGAACCAGUCACUUUUUUUCGUAUCUCUUACGGUUACGUCACAAAACGGCUUCAAAGUAAAAAUUUUCGUUAAGGCUGGAAAAUCGUGAAAGUUAACUCCCUGGCAUAAUCUAAUCUUGGACUUAACUUAUCACCAAAUUAUUAUUCAAGCAGAAAUUUGAUAACACGUCACUUAAGGGGCCUGGAGGCAUCGUAGCAUAGACGCUUAAAAGUAGCAAAUUCUUAAAAGUGCUAAACGGCGCAGUCUUUUCUCCCAAGUUGAAACAUUUAUAUAAUAUUGAUUAAAAAAAAAUGAGAGGAAAGUUAAAAUAUAAUCGCUGAACUCAUCACUUCAAAUUGCAGACCGUUCUUUGUGAUAGUGGUGGGGGAACCUACCUCUAGCCAUCCCCACUACUGUGACCGGGGAUGACCGCUUUCUACCUGAGGCGGUUGGACCCAGACCCCGUCAGUUGCCCGUUUGUCAGUAUCCAGGUGACAGUGGUUGAGUAGCGUUCUCGUUUUAAAGAAAGUGUACGCUUUAAAGAUAUCUUGUUAUUUUAAGAGUGUAGUUUUUACAGUGUUUUUAUAGAAUUAUAAGGCAGUGUGUCAUCAUGGGCCGACGCAAGAGUAACAGAAAGCCUCCUCCAAAAAGAAAGGCGGUUGUGCCCUUGCCAGUAGAGUUCAACUGCCCAUUCUGCAAUCACGAGGGAUCGUGUGAUGUGACGAUGGAUAGAGGACGUAGAUCUGGGAGGAUAGCGUGUCGAGUUUGUUUCGAGGACUUCCAGACAACCAUCCACUUCUUGACAGAGCCUAUUGACGUCUACAAUGAUUGGAUAGACGCGUGUGAGACUGCCAACUGAAUCCCCACUGCGUAUGCAUUGCGGUUCUGGUUGGUGACUGAAGAAUAAAAAUUAUCAAUAAGGGCAGUUUUGUAUCUUUUUUAUUAAUAAAAUAUUGUAUGUAUCGUAUAGUUAUGGCUUGAUACGGACAAAAUUGUAUUCACAUUUAUAUUGCAUAGAUUAAUU